AUGUAUGGAGUUUACCUAUCUGGGCGGGGCCCGUACCCGGUUCCCGGUUCCCGGUUCCCCGUUCCCGGUUCCCGGUUCCCGUCCAGCCGCGGUCGCGGGACCCUGGGGGACAAGGAGCCCAUGGCCAGGAAGGAGCCGCUGCUGAGCGCCCUUAAAGGAGCGGUGCUGCGGCUGCGGGAGGGCGGCGGUCCCUGCACGGACACCUCGCCGCACCUCGUGUCGCUGUGCCAGCUGCUGGAGAGCAUCCUGCGCAAGGGGCUCCGACAACCCGCCUGGGGCUUCCGCAGACGGGAUUAUUGGCACUGGCUGGAGCAGCUCCCCGCGGGGACCAGCGGCCGGCCGAGCCCCGUGUCCAGCGGCAUCCGGAGCGCCGGGCGCUGCGAGCGGACGCGCACGGCGCAGGGCCGGGGGCGGCUCUUCGUGCGCUCGGCGCUGCAGGGGAAGGUGCUGGCGGCGGCCGUGGGGCAGCUGGCACAGACCCCUCGGCUCCUGGAGUUUUAUGACCCAGGGAGCUCCAUCCUCGGCAGUGAGGAUCUCCGGGAGCCUUUCCUCUCGCUGCUGCUGGUGCUGACAGAGAUAGAUUUCUCCCUGGACCUGCAGAAUUGCAGCUUCUUGGACGAGAGCUGGCUGCUGCCGGUGUGCAGUACUUACGAGACAGUCCCGUGCCGAGCUCUGGGGAUGGUGCUCAGGUACGUGGACGGCCGAGUCUUUGUCACCAAGGUGCUCCCUGGGAGCCAGGCAGAGGUGGACGAGGUGGUGCUGGCCGGUGACAUCCUGGAUGAAAUCAAUGGCUGCUCACUGAGAUACGCCUCUCCCGGGCAGGCUGGGGCCGUGCUGCAGAGGCUGAAGGGACAGCCGCUCACCUUCCGCCUGCUCCGCUGGCGCUGGCACGACGGGACGGUCUUUGAGCCGCUGCUGCCCUACCUGAGGGCGCUGCAGGAGAAGGAGCCCCACUUCCAGCUCCAGCACAGCCCCCAGCACAGGGGCCAGCGGGAGCCCCAGCAGCUGCAGGGGGGCAGACUGCUCUACAACCUGCAGUUCCUGGGCCAGACCAGCGUCGGGACGUAUGGUGGCAAAGAGGUGCUGGAGGGAGCCAUCCCUGCUGUGCUGGAGGGGGACUUGGCAGCUCGGGAGGUUUUAUUUGAUGUGAAGGAGGCAGAAGUCCUUGUGCAGGAGAAGGUUUCUUCCAAGCUGCUGAGCCGCCACCCCUACCCCUCCAUCUCCUGCGUGGGACGCUGCACGGGGAGCCCCAGCAUCUUUGCCUUCUGCGUGGUCUCUUCCCCCGAGAGCCCUGAUGGGAGCACGUUCGACUGCCUGGUGUUUGCAUCCAGCUCUGAACAAGAAUGCGAGGAAAUCGUGGGGAGAAUCGCUGCAGGGUUUAAGCACACGGAGUGGUUUGUCUGAGGAAGAACUGCACGAUGAGGCACCACUGCAGGCCCUGGCUCCCGAGUGAGUUGGGAUGGUUUUCACGGUGGGACACCAGGGAUAGCCAGCACCAAUUUGCUCAAGUCUGCUCGUAACUGCUGCUACUCUUCUCCCAGAACACCACAGCGCUGCCAUUGGAAUAAAUCAAGCUGAGCUGGCUCAACCACCUCCCUGUGCUGCUUUCUGUGACAGCUCCAG